GCUUGCCUCCUCUACUAUAAUAGCAUAGUCUAUAAUGCUUAUAAUAAGGCGCCUAAAGAUUAUCUUCCUAUUAAUCUACGCGCAGCGCUGCUUAAAGUAAACAAGUACUACACUAAACUUAAUAACUUGCUAGCUUACUAUACUGCUAUAAUACUCUAUCUUUACUAUAAACACUACUAUAAUUAA